GUUGGUUAGCCGAGUGCCAGCUCAUGAGACAUGCAGAUGAGUAGUAGGAUUGAGAUCUUCUGUGUUGCUGAGCCGAAAAAGCCUAUAAGAGUGACGAAACCUGGGGUUUUAUUUACAAUGACCACUCACUCAUCACCGACAAGCUUCCCUGUGCCACCUCUCCGUGCUCACGACAAUCCUUCAAAAUGCAGGUCAAAUCGCUCCUCUUCUGGUCCCUCUGCUGGGCUUCCACUGCCUCAGCUCUCCCGGCUCCCGUCCAGGGACCGUCUUGCGACUGCACCGGCACGAAGAACGGCGGCAAGGAAGCGAAGUCGUACAUUUGCCGCGACUCUCGCCUCGGACCCGCCAAGCUCCCCAGGAAGUUGCCGCUGGGAACGCUGGUGUCCAGCUACGACCGCUUCGGCGGGUUGAAGCCGGGCGAGUUUCUCGCACAAUGGACUGAUGCGAAUGGCAACUAUGUCUACCCGCCGCAGAACGGAUUCCAACUGGAUGCGAAGGGCAAUGCCAUCAACGGCACCAUGGUCCUGGAGCCGGGAACGCUUGUGGAUCGCUUUGGGAGCGAGUAUGGAUCGUAUAUCUCAGCUGCCGCCGCUCCCUACUCUCAGAGGGCUCUCCCCCCUUCCAACCUCGACACCAACCAAGAUGCGCCAGAGUACCCCUACAACUACCACAUUUACGAGGUCCUCAAGCCGCUCACCGUUGUUGGAGGACCCAUCGCGCCGUGGUUCGGACAGCCUGGACUUGGCGCACAGUUUUACACUGGUGGAACUGGAAACAUCAUGGCUUUGAUCGCUGCCGGGUACCUGGAGCGAGAGGACCCUGAUGUUUUGAUUGCGAAGAGCAAGGGAUGCUAAGGGAGAAGAAGCAUUUAAUACAUGUAUCAUAUUGCCAACUCUGACUGUACGACGGGAUGGUGUAAUUUAAUUGAUCUUAAUAAUCCUGGCACCUAACUUAUUUCGUACUUCG